ACUCUAAUCUCAUUUGCCACUUUCAGAGGUUGCCACGGCGAUCGGGAGGCAGAUAAACAGGCCGCAGAGGUCUUCGCUCCCACCAGACCUCCGGCAGAACCACCAAGAUGGGCAACACCAGAAGCAGCGCUCUUUCCAAGGAGCUUCUGGAUGAGCUCAAAUCCAACACAAAGUAUUCAGAGGCGGAACUUUGCACCUGGUACAACUCCUUUCUGAAGGAGUGCCCCAGUGGGAAGAUAAGCAAGCAGCAGUUUGAGAGCAUCUACGCCAGCUUUUUUCCCAAUGCGGACCCCACAGCGUACGCUCGCCACGUGUUCCGGAGCUUCGACACCAACGCAGAUGGCACACUGGACUUUAAGGAGUACAUUGUUGCCCUACACCUGACCUCAGGUGGGAAGACCCUGCAGAAGCUGGAGUGGGCCUUUGCUCUCUAUGACGUGGACGGGAAUGGAACCAUCAGCAAAAACGAAAUCCAGGAGAUUGUCCGGUCAAUAUUCAACAUGAUUCCAACUGGCGACCAACAAAACCUCCCUGAAGACGAAGACACGCCAGAGAAGAGGGCGGAAAAAAUCUGGAACUUUUUUGGGAAGAAGGAAAACGACAAGCUAACAGAGGGAGAGUUCAUCCAGGGCGUGAUGGACAACAAGGACAUUUUGCGUCUGAUCCAGUACGACGAGCCGCAGAAGAUCAAGGAGAAACUGAAAGAGAAGAAGCAAUGAGCAAACGUCGUUCCGCCGUUGUUGACCAACUCUUGUCUUGUUUUCAGGCAGCGCAGAUUACAGCUUGAUUUUCAUUCUUGUUCAGUAAAACAUGUUGCAAUAGCCGUUCAAAUAAACAGUUCUAUAACUGGAGCGUUACUCUGAAAAGGCGCGCCACACACCCCGUGAUGCAACAUCAAUACAGGCCUUCAGCACGCACGAAGCCUUUCUCCGCCCUGAAGAGACAUGAAGAGAAACCCAACCUCGCUGACCACCACCCUGCACCUGGACAAGACGAGGACUGAUGCUAACCAGCAGGCUAACUAGCUAGCGCUGAUAACGGUGCAUACACACAAGCAACAAAUAUGGCAUCUUUCAUAACAGAGCAGGGACAUUUCACAAGUACACUCACAUGAAUGCCAACCAAAAAGUCACCUCAACAAAGUACCGUCAUACGAAACGUGUCGAGUUUCGCUUCGCAACCAUCUCACGCGCCACCUCUGACGACACCCCGCGGAGCGCGAGCGCCACCGUGUUGCAUUCAAGUUACAAAAGAAAAACACGGAAAAGUCAAAAAUACGGGACCAACACCGUGGCAAAAUAUGAUUAAGAAUAACCUCUGUACUGACUGUCUAGACAUGCUGUGACACAUCUGUGUGCGUGUGAAAGGUGUGAAGAGGUUCAAAUAAUGGAUUUUUUUUUUACUUCCUUCUGUCACCCGCUCUCAUUAGUGUGAGAGCAGCUUAGAAGAGAAUUAGGCUCAAGUUAACAUCCACCUCUCAAUCCUAUUAAACACUGGAGGUCAGUGGAGAUAAACAACAUUUCACCCUCGUGGAGGCUGUUUCUGUCUACCGUGGGUUCGUUCUUUGUUUGACAGUGUAGCCAUUAGUGCCACGGUGCUCCGCAGCGCGACGUCAGCUUCAACCUCAGGACUUAGUCAUAAUGAAACUGCGCAGCGGUGCAAAGUUCAUUCUUCAUGUAACCAAAACACUGAGCGUUUGUGGUCCACCUGAUUAGCGAGCCACCUGUUCACCCUCCCGCCCACCAGCAAUACACACUUGGUAUGUUUGUUUCUCUCUUUAAUAGAAUGAACCAGGAAGCCACUCGCUUACAUAACCACAACAUCUUAACUCUCCCGACCGGCGUCCACGCUGGAAGGUCGGCGGCCUCCAGCUCACGACAGAGAUCACUAACUCAACCAUUACAUCAUCAGGGACACGAGCUGGACAUUUAGGAAACGACAACGACGAACAACUAUUCAAUCCACGGACUGAAAGAAAACAGAAUGAAAGACAGAAUCAACAGUAGAAUGUCAAGACAAGGACGCACGUGCGAAGACACUGUACAUGCAGGGUCGUUCGCCUCCUGCACUGAUCGACCGAUCACAAACCGACUUUACAGAACUAUAUCUUCGUGUCACCUGACCCCAGACAAACAGUGCUCAGCUUUCUGGAGUGAAGGAGAUGAUUGUGAUGAUGUUUGGAUUGUUGGGUCACUGCUGUCAUGUCUGCAUGGGUGGCGAAAUUCUUGGAUUUCAAGUGUCAAGUUGCUUUUUUUUUAGCACAGCUAUUAGAGAAUUACUUAAAUAUAUAUAACAUUAUGAACAGAAUUAGUAUUAAAUUA